UCAGUAAUCGCAGAUUGGGACUCUUUUAUCUGCCAGCUCGCUGAGAUACCAAGCUCGCUGUCUCACAGGGACAGUCGUGGCUCCUUGUUGGGCAGUUUGUCAAGGAGGGCAGGAGAGGGGCUGUUGGCUGGUGGAGCUCAGCUGGAUCCAAGCCAGCGCCAGCUGGGGGAUCAUGCCUGCAUACCUCCUGGGCAGAGGCCCUGCGUGUUUGGGAAACUACAAGAGAAGUUGAAUGUUUGCUUCGGCUGAAGAGAAAGUUUCCCAAGUCUUGGGCAGAAAAAGGGAAAGAGAACGGAGGAUGUUGCCAGUAGGUAUGUCUGACAGGAAGCCAUGACUAGCAGUGUGACUGUCAACAGGAAACAAAACUUCACAGCCGAUGUGACGCUGACGUGCAGAGCCCUUGCUGUGUCAUGUUGCCAGCUGAACUCUGUGACCUGGGGAGCAGUGUUUGACUACACGAGGUGUACUUCUGUCCAUUCGUCUUGCAAGAAUUUGAAUUGCUCUGUGUUCUGGUCACUCCACCUUGCCGAAGCUAGCGAGCCCUGUCUCUUUCCUCUUGACACCUGUUCCUGUGAAGACAUCCAGCAGCCAUGUGCAGAGAGGUGGAUGUGUGAGCCACCCUCGCGGCAGCCGCCGAGCGCUCUGCAGACUGCAGACAGCUUCGAGGUGUUUUGGCUGUUCAGUGCUCUGCAGAUAUGAACGCUGAGCUUUUCUGGCACGUUCUCACAUUGGCCUGGUCGCUCUCACCAUGCUAGUACAUGGGAAAGAAGACUUCCUCUCAGACAUAGCUUACAUCAUCCUGGAACUGAUCAUUGCGGUGCUGGCCAUCCUGGGGAACGUCCUGGUCUGCUGGGCGGUCUAUUUGAACAGCAACCUGCAGAACGUCACCAACUAUUUUGUGGUGUCCCUGGCUGCUGCUGACAUUGCGGUGGGAGUGCUGGCAAUCCCCUUUGCCAUCACCAUCAGCACUGGCUUCUGUGCCUUCUUCUAUGGCUGCCUUUUCAUCGCCUGCUUCGUCCUGGUCUUGACACAGAGCUCCAUCUUCAGCCUGCUUGCUAUUGCCAUCGACAGAAUCAUUGCCAUCCGCAUACCCCUCAGGUACAAUGGCUUGGUAACAGGCUCUCGAGCCAAAGGUAUCAUUGCCAUCUGCUGGGUAUUGUCUUUCAUCAUUGGCUUGACACCAAUGCUAGGGUGGCACAAGCGUUCCCAGAUUGAAGAGCUGGGUGCUAAUAAGUCCUCUCCCAUCAACUGCAGCAACAGUAUGGUGGUAUGUCUCUUUGAGGCUGUGGUCACCAUGGAGUACAUGGUCUACUACAACUUUUUUGCCUGUGUGCUGUUGCCUCUUCUCCUCAUGUUUGGCAUCUACUUGAAAAUCUUCAUGGCAGCUCGACGGCAGCUCAAGCAGAUGGAGAACAAGAUGGUGCAUGGGGAACGCUCACGUUCCACUUUGCAGAAGGAAGUCCACGCGGCCAAAUCUUUAGCCAUCAUUGUUGGCUUGUUUGCAGUCUGUUGGCUUCCACUACAUAUUAUUAACUGUUUCACCCUUUUUUGCCCAAAUUGUGCCCAUGCUCCCCUCUGGCUGAUGUAUCUAGCCAUUAUCCUGUCUCAUGCCAACUCGGUUGUUAAUCCUCUAAUUUAUGCCUACCGAAUCAGGGAGUUCCGAUACACCUUCCGUAAAAUCAUCAGCCAGCAUAUCCUGGGAAGGAAGGAGCAGUUCAAGGCAGGAGCAGCCAGCAUUAGGACUUCCACGCAUGGUGGGGAUGGAGAGAACGCCAGCAUACGAAUCAGUGAGUAUGCGUUAGAAGUGUACACCAAUGGAGAGAUCCACAGGGAUCCUGAAAAGCAGGACUUAAACAAAUGCAAAGCUGUCUUGGAAUGGCACCAGAAUGGAAGUGCUCUGGACAUGGAGACAAAUGGGCAUCUCCCACGUUCCUGCAAAAAUGGGAUUCUCUCAGAUACGUGCGUGAACAGGGAGCUUCACCAUGAAGAGUUAAUAGAUGCCCAGGUAUCUUUCUCAGAUCUAGAAAGCACAGCCUUUGCAGCAGCUGAUGUUUCCUGAUGAAUCGUUCACAGUCUUCCUGGUAUAAUUAUUUUAUUUUCCAUGGGCAGCCUCUGCCACGGCAGAAGAUGAGGCUGGGGGGCGGGGGGAGAGACAUGUAUUCAAGUUACUGUGGAGGAAAGGGUCCUUACCCAGGACAUUUGUGGCAAUCCUAAAUACUAGACUGGAGAAAAAGCCAAGAGACCAUUGAAACAGACUGAGAAAGGAGGGACAUGUAAACCAUCGAUGACCUGUCACCAAGAGCAGUGACAGGGUCAAAGAUGGCAUUCCAAAUUGAGCACUGGGAGACUGCUGAAGCAGGGCAUAUCGUGACAUUACGCUAUACUGUGUGUCUGUGGUUGUACAUCUGUUUUGCUGUCUUUACCAACAGAAAUAAAACCAUGGCUGAAAGCAUUCACUUGAUUGUAAGAGCAACAAGGAGGAGCAUCUAAUUAUUUGGCCCUGCAACAAAUGGAAGGAAGAUAGCAACAUCUAUUGGUCAGGAAGGAUGCCAUCAGCUGCCUGGACAAGAAAGGAAUUUACCUGAUGGGAGCUUUGGAUACCUUCAACCAUGACAUUUUGUCUUUCAGUUCAUGUUUUUAAAGCUUAUAGUGCAACAGGUUGCUCGGAUGUUUUUUCUUGUCUUGAUUAGAUUCCAUUGUGUUAAGUUAUAAAGAUGAACAAGAACUCAUAUCCAUUCCCUGGGCGCUCAAUGUUCCAGAUGCACAAGACAAAUGUAACCUCAUAGUUCUCCGCUCUAUCCAACAAAUAAUGAAAACUGAGACUAAUAUGGAGUUCCCUUAGCAAAAGGACAGUCAGCAGGACUUGGUGCUAGAGCACGGAUGGUCUUCAUCACCAGGGGUGGCCCUGCCCUGAGGUGCAGUGGAGAAUCAUCAGGUGUGAGGUAUCUGCAAGCUGGUGGGCACUGUCUGGCUACUGCUUUUACCUCUGUGUCUGUGCCUGCCCUGGUUCCCAGAGUACAAAUUAAUUCCAUGGUCCGAAGUUGUCAUUCUCACUCAAAAGUCUGUGGGAUACAUUUUCUUUAUUUUUUGAUGGGAAGGCAGGGUGGGGAAUGACACAGGAUGAGACAUACCUACUUACUUUUGGAAUCCCAGCUCAGUCUGAACAUCUUUUUCUCCUGUGGUUUCAGUUUUUUCCUGAUGUGCUUUGCUGUGAAGCCUGAUGUGUCCCAGCAGUGCAGAGGCCAACAGAUCUCAGUCUGUCUGGUUAGAAGAUACUCUGAGGAGCUGGAAGCAGUCAGUGUUAGUAGAAGUCUGCUUAGAAACUGCAGUAGUGUGUGUAAGAGAGCAGGCAAAUCUGCUACAGCAAAGGUAUGCACUGAUAUGAUUUGUCGUAGAGGAGUUUCACAGCAGCUUAGUAAUUUUCUGUAUCACCUAUGAAGCCGUGGUAGCUCAAGGGCAGCAGAGUGCCAUGUUAGCUUGUAUUCUACCUAAAUAUUUUCCAGUCUUUGUUUUCCAGACAAAUACUCUAUGCCUACUCUAUGCCCCUUGCCAUCAGCCUUCCAGGGAGAUGGGCAAUAAUGGUCCUACUAGAAAGUUAGAAGUCUGGCAGUUCUGAGGAUCAAGAGUUUUUCCUUAGCUAAAAAUAUCAGAAGUGUCAGCCUACAACCCUGGCUCCUCCUUGUGUCUCCUCACUAACAUUUCAGAACCCAAAUAAUCUCAUUUUUAGGAAGGAAAGUGGAGCUGCAUUUCUGUAUUUGGAGAAUGGCACUCUAGGUUUGUGUGUUCUCUGUCCAUGUUUAUUUUAAAUAUUGUGAAUUAUUAGAAUGAAAAUUAAGUUUUAUUUGAAGAAAGUUUUCUUUUUUUUCCAGUCUGUCUGAAUGAAGGUGAAGAGUGGUUUAUAAUACUGAAUGUGUCCAAAGUACAUGACUGCUCUUGGCUAGUAAAAAGCUUACUGUAAGCUGGGUAAGAGGAUGCGUUUGUCACCGCAAUCCUUAGCAGAAGGACAGGCAACUAUAUAGAACAGUAGACUUCACAGUUUAAUUGAACUGCUGCUUUCUUGGCAUGGCUCUACCACAUAGUCUAACGUCAGAGGUGUGGAUUGUCACUCCAGCACCAUUAGCAAAUACAUGACCAUUUCCCUAUGACUGAUGCUGUAGGCAGGCCCUCUGCAGGGUGCCUUGGGAUCUUGUUGCUCUUUAUCUUCCUUGAUGGAAUAUUUCUGUCGGCUCUGUGCAGGAUGACUCCUCUGGGCUCCUGAAACAGCAGCAGAGGAAUUCAGUCUGAAAAACGGGGAUCUGAUCUCUUUAGGCCUCAGCUGGGAGCUGAAAUGUUUCUAAGAAUAACACAAGAUUACAUCCGGUAUUCAUGUCAAUAACAAUUAGGUUCACAAAGAAGCAGAGCAGGGAAGGAAGUGUGGGAAAAUACCAGUAUAGCUCAUGUGCUGGAACACAGGCAAGUGCAGAAGUGUCUCCUAUUGAGCUUUAGUUGUCAUUGUAAAGGGAUGUUUUAUGCCACGUUGCAUCAGACUUUCAACAGCUGAUGUAGGUUGGUUGCUUUCUAUUGUUUCCUGAGCUUCUUCACACUCAAUUGUGGGUUCUUCUUGCUUGGUUGCCACAGGAAUUGAAUUGAUCUAUGUUGAUGUGACAAAAUUAAGAUUGUCCCUCUGGAAAACUAUCCUGCCCAGCCAAAGUAAGAUUGCCAUGCAAACUUAGAGUUUCCAGAUGUCCUGAAAUCAGUUUUUCUGUGGCUGUUUGAGUUGUCUCCCAACUGUAUCCAGUCCCUUUCAACAUUAGUGAUCUAGAUUUCAAAUGAAAAAGGGCCACGGGAUGUGUGUAGGAGGAUGUGCAGUGGUUGUAAGAAGGCAGCAUGUUUUGUAUGGAAUUGGAAGUCUGUAGUCACAGGAAGGAGCGGAGGGCAAUUGCACCACAUGCUGCGUGCCUUCUGGCAAACAUAUGUCUGAGAUGGACCUUCAGAAGAUGUUUCUGAAGUUGUUGGGGGGGAGCGUGAGCCUUUUGAACAGAAUUUUGGAAUUCUUGUUUCUCGUUUCAUGAUUGCAAGGCUUCCUUCCUUGUACUGAAAAAGAAGUUUUAAAAUCCCAUGAAUAAAAUAUGCUCUCCACUCUUGAGAAAUGCACCUCUUCCAAACUACACAGAGCAAGAGUCAUUUGAAAAGUUAAAAUUUAACAUUUUUUUCCUAACUUCCCUACUCAAAUUCCCAUUUUCCUUCCAGCUGGAGAUUUAGCUGAUGAAAUAGCUAUUCUGGAUAAACAAAGAUGGUGCAAGACAAAGGGAAGAAUGAGGUGACCAUCAGGAGAGGAUAGAGAAGAUCUCCUUAGGAAUCCAAGGUGCAGUGGGUCCAGAGAGUAACAGCUGGGGUAAGAACAGACUAAUUUCAUUGAAUUGGAACACGUUACUAAAAAUGACUCAAAAUCCAUAGAGGGAUGCAGUGCCUCAUUUGGUGAGAGGGCAUUCCAUGAAUUUCACCAUUCCCUUGAGACUACUAGGCUCCAGGGUUUGUCUGCUUUAUAGGGUUUUGGAGAAAGUAAAAUUCUGAUCAGUUGCCAGGAGUAAUUUUAUCAUGAGGAGUUCUUAGGUCUCUUUCCUCAGUAGGGCACUGCUUUUUUGUGUGAGCAAAUAAAUGCACUUAGAAUUUUGUUCUGUGCUUUCUUUUGGAUCGGCAGUAUCUCAGAGUUCUCUGCAAGCUUGAACUACAGCUUAUGAAUGGAGCCAACUGAGAUGAGAAGGAGAUUUGUGAGGCUGAUACUGGUUUACAGAGGGCAUGGCAGGACAGUUGGGGUACUGUAAACAGAAAGGACUUGCCACUGGUCCUAGCUGCUGCUAGCAAGUUUAUUGUGCAGACAGGUUUGGGAGUUACACGGAAUACUCUGAAUCUUUGAUCUUUCAUUGAAAAGAAACUCUGGAGAUGCUGGAGGGCAUAGGAAAGUCUUUAAGGUGUGGGAACAGACUGGGGUGUUAGGAUUUGAUGGGAAAUCUUGAUGUAGAAGGAAGAUUUGUAGGGUAUGUGUUUGGGAGGUUAUCAUGGGAGCAGGAAUGUGCUGGAAAGAGCUGAGGUUUGCACUGAUAGCCUCAGAGGAGUGGAAAUGGCUGAAUAAGGACUCUGGAAGGGAUUUAUAGUGUUAUGGUGCUCCUGGGUCACUGCAGAGGGGCAGCCUUGCCCUGAUAACUGCAGGGGGUUGACUUUGUGUGGUUUAUAUGUGACUGAGGAAGAGAUGUUUUUUCUGGAUUAUCUCAUUUUCAGAUGCUUAUUUCAUAAGCACAGUCAGGUGAAAUGAGCCCUUCUGCUUCACGAGCAUCACCCCGCGCACACCAUCCUACCCCCUAAGAAAAUCAGUUCAGCCCUGCUUUGUGGGAAGGACAAGCAUACAGUAACAGCUGUGAUGCAUUGAAACUGUAGAAUGCUCACUAGAGGUGUUUGGUACAUCAGCUGCCUAAUAGUUCUCUCCUGAUUUGUUUUGGGCAUCAGAUUGCUCUGAGACAGACCGAGGAGCUUUGUCUUUCUGGCCCUGAGCGUCUGACCUUUUUUUUUACCAGUAA